AUGGACUUUGACACGAGGUUCGAGACGUCGUUGGCCCCGGUUUGGGUGUUAUUGCCCAACCUUAAGGCCAACUGUUUCUCGGAACCUUGUCUCAAACAGAUUGUCAAACCUAUUGGAAGGAAACAAGGCCACUUGGCCUAUAGUUGUCGUGUCCCUGGUGGUGGGGCAAGUGCUCCACGUUCCUCGGCAUCACAUGUGCCGGCAUCAAUGGCUGAUGCUGGCCCGCUCCCUACCGGGGGGGUCGGCCAGGACCGGGGAUCAGCUAUUGUGUUGGAUCAUCGGGACAUGACGGCCAGUCAGAGGAAAAAACAAAGUGAUAAAGAAAAGCAGACGAAAGGUAAGGCCCCGAUGGUUGACAAUAGUCAGGGGCCGGGUGCUGGUACAAGUAAUAAGGUAUGGCGGGCCCUCUCAGCUAGCCGGACCACCCCGGUGCCGGUUAGUAAUGGGUUUGCUGUGCUCCAGGAUGAGAGCUUAGUCUCUGAGGAGGCUAUUGUGGGGUCGGGGGGUGGCGACUUACCAACUACCCCGGUCGAUAGCAGGAUAUCUGUAGGUACGACAGCGCCCGGGGUAGGGGAUGGCCAGUUGUCCACUAUCCCGGAGGUUACGGAGGGCUUUAGUCCCUCAGGAGGGUGGCUGCAGAGCCCGCAUCAGGUAUCUUUCUCUUUCACUCCUAUUUCUCAUCCUGUCUUUUAUGGUCCCCUUGAGUUGGGGACGCCGCCCUGUACCCCCCCUAGUGAUACACUCUGGCUGUCCCAGACACCAGAUUCUUCUCCUAAGGCUCCUUGGGGGCCGAGAAGAGGGAGGGAAAGGGCUUGGUCAGAUUCCGACGUGCCGGUGCCUGGUCAUGAGCGUGAGGAGUGGGCCCCGGAGUCGGGGUCUGACUCUGAGGAUCGGGUUCUUGACGGUGUAGGCCCGACUGAGCAGUGUGUUACGAUAUCUUGUGUACAUUCUACGGUUCUCACGCCUUUCUGGCUCUCAUUUGUUUAUGCCAAGACCAAGGUACGCCUCCGGGACCCUCUGUGGGUUGAGCUGAAAGCUGUUUUUUCUAUGAUCCCCGAGGGUGUGCCUUGGGCGGUUGCUGGAGAUUUUAAUUGUCUGUUAAGUGUGGAUGAGAAAAAAGGUGGGCUUCCGUAUUCUCACCGGAAGACUACUGAUUUUCAGGAGUGUGUCAGCGCGUGUGACUUGAUCGAUGCGGCCUAUUACGGUUCCUAUUUCACCUGGUGGAAUGGGCGCCAUAAAGAGGCGGCCAUAUGGAUGCGUUUGGAUCGGUUCCUCUACACCUCGGUGUGGGAGUCGGUCUUUACGUCAUCCGUACGGCAUUUGCCAAAGUCCACGUCUGACCACAGUCCACUUCUGAUAUCUUUUGAGUUGGUUAGUAUGCAGGUAAUCCCGAAGCACUUUGUUUUCCUGAACGUGUGGAUUAAGCACGAAGAUUUUCUGAGGGUGGUGCGUGAUAGUUGGCAGGUUCCUGUAGAGGGGGCCCCUAUGUUUGUAAUAGCCACCAAGUUGAACAGGUUGGGGAAGGUUCUGAGCACGUGGAGCAAGACAGUGUUUGGGGAUAUCUUUGUGAAGCUCCGGGAGUAUGAGGAUAGUGUUCAGACCCUAGAGGCUGCCUUACAGCAACACCCAGAUGAUGAGAAUGCUUUAAUUGAAUAUAAAAAAGGUGUUGCUUUGUUACAGAAACAGAUUGCUAUUGAGGAGGAAUUUUGGCAGCAGAAGGCGCGUAUCACCGAGGUUCAGGAUGGGGAUAGAAACUCCUGGUUUUUUCACUCAGUUGUUAAGGAACGCAGGCGUAAAUUAUAUAUACACAGAGUGAAGGGGGGUGACGGUGUGUGGCUAGAGGAUAGGCAAGGGAUUGCCAAUCAGGCGGUCUCUUUCUUUGAGCAUAUGUUCACCGCGAAGAUCGGGGGUUUUGACUUGACUAGGCUGGACUGUGUCCCACGGUUGGUUACAGAGGAGGAUAAUGAGGUUUUGACGGCUGUGCCUGAGGUGGAGGAGGUGAAGGCGGUUGUAAUGCAGAUGAACUCUACGAGUGCGGCAGGGCCGGAUGGUUUCUCGGGGGCCUUUUAUAAGGCUUGCUGGGAUAUUAUUCAAGAUGAUGUUGUCAGUAUGGUUCGGAGUUACUUUGCGGGACGAGAAUUCACCAGGGCUAUCACGCACACAUCCAUCGUCCUGUUGCCGAAGAAGCCGAGUCCAGAAACGUUUGCAGAUUACAGGCCCAUCAGCCUGUGCAACUUCAGUAGUAAGCUUAUCACGAAGCUCAUGGUGGUUCGGAUGGCUACAGUCUUGCCCCGGGUGUUGUCACCGCAGCAGAGUGGGUUUGUGACUGGUCGGUCUAUUACAGAUAAUGUUCUUCUGGCAUCCGAGAUGUGCCACGGGUUGAGCUGGCAGAAUCGAGAUAUAGUCCUUAAGCUAGACAUGGCUAAGGCUUAUGACCGGGUAUCAUGGUUUUUCCUGAUUUCGGUGAUGCGCCGCCUGGGUUUCAGUGAGGUCUGGAUAGAUAUGGUGUUCCGGGCUGUGUCUAAUGUAUGGUAUUCAGUGAUUGUGAAUGGAGUCAAAGAGGGCUUCUUCACAUCUACACGGGGCCUCAGGCAAGGGGACCCGCUGUCCCCGACUCUGUUUGUGAUUGCAGCUGAGGUCUUGUCGGUGUACCUUGCGCGGGUUUAUGAUGGCACUACGGUGCCCCGUUUUACACAGCCGCCAGGGACACCGCAUAUUCACCAUCUGGCCUAUGCGGACGAUGUUAUUAUUUUUAGUACGGCCAGGUUGGGAGCUAUUGAGGUGGUAAUUGGGGCGUUAAAGGAGUAUGAGGAGAUCUCGGGACAGCUGGUGAGCUUUCAGAAGAGUGCGUUUUAUAUGCACCCUCGUACUCCGGCCCAUGAGAUCGAGCAGAUUUGUCGGGCAACGGGUUGUGUGCAUAAACAGUUUCCUUUUACUUAUUUGGGUUGCCCGGUGUACAUAGGCUGUAAAAAAUGUAUUUAUUUUGCCUCGGUGAUUGAUAAAGUUAAGGCUAGAUGUUUGAGUUGGCAGCGCAGGGUGCUUUCAAAGGGCGGGAAGGCAAUUUUGAUCUCUUCGGUCUUGCAGGCCAUACCGCUGCACUUAUUUUCGGCCUGCGCACCGCCUAAGCAGGUCAUAUGGGAUUUGGAGAAAUGCUAUGCGAGUUUUUUCUGGAAACAGUCAGGGGGCGCCCGGUACCAUUGGAGCUCGUGGAAAACCCUCUCUCGUCCUAAGAAGGAAGGGGGGGCGGGGUUCUUGGACUUGGACCUGAUGGUAAGGGCGGCCAGUGCUAAAUUGUGGUGGAAUUUCCGGACGGAACACACACUAUGGUCAGACUUUAUGAGGGCAAAAUAUUGCAGCCGGGUUCACCCGGUUGCUAAGCUGGUCCAGAAUACAGAUUCGCACACCUGGAGGCGGAUGUUGGCGGUACGCGAUGAGGUUAAGAGGGUUCUGACUUGGCGAUUGUUCCAAGGCCGGGUUAAUUUCUGGUGGGACAACUGGUCGGGUCUGGGCCCGCUUGGCAGACUUUAUCCACACCGGGGGGUUUCUUACUCCCGGGAGUUGCUUCUAGACUAUGUGCGAGAUGGCGAGCUUGAUCUGACUGACCACGAUGACUUGGCAUAUGCAGGGAUUAGUGCGGACCUGACCCGCUUCGGGCAGGGCCCGCGUGAUAUCCCACUCUGGACCGUGGCGUCCGAAGGUAUGUUUUCUUAUUCCUCUGCUAAGGCCUUUCUCAGGCCUGCUUUGCCCACUGCACCGGACCCUCUCUUAGCUAAGUGUUGGCGCAAGCACCUUCCUUUUAAGGUGUCCUUCCUGGCUUGGAGAGUUUUCCGAGGGCGGCUUCCCACGGACGACAUCUUGGCUCAUUUCGGUCAUGCUAUCGUCUCGAGGUGUUGGUGUUGUCCAGCCCCGGUCCCCGAGUCUAUUGAUCACAUUUUCUACUCUGGGGAAACAGCAAAAGCUGUCUGGAGAUAUGUUUUGGCGUCCCUCGACCUCUGCUCGCGACACCGGAGUCUUAGGACUUUGAUUGUGGGAUGGGGUCGGCGGGGGGCGCGUAACCCUCUUUUGUCUUUUGUUGUUUGCAGGUUGCCGUAUCUGGUGUUGUGGGAGCUGUGGAAGCACCGUAAUGGGUGCAUGCAUGGCCGGGACACGCCCAGUGUUGCACGAGUGAUGCAUGGGGUGGCAAAGGGGGUGGCGGAAUGCCUGUUUAGGCGGUGGCCGACGCAGCAUAUCCUGCCAUCUAAUUGGAGGACUAUUGUGGCGUACUUGGAGGCACAUGUGCCGAGGCGUGUUGUUAGGACGGUCAGGUGGUCCCCUCCCGCUGCCGGUGCGUUAAAGAUUAAUCUAUCUCUAUCGUCGGCAGUAGGGGGGCGGCGGCCGUGGUGCGCAACCAGGAGGGUGGCUUUUGCUAUGGGGUUGCGUGGUCUGGGCAUGGGGAGCAUGCCCGGGGCAUGUUCCGGGUCUUGUUUCUCGUGUCUGGAAUGGUGCCUGGCCGAGGGCUAUACAGAGAUUGUGAUGGAAUCCACGUGGGCGGAACUGUGUAGUUAUGUGGAUCUUUCUUUUCGCCCGCCGUGGUUUCUGGAUGACGUGGUAUCCAGGCUCCGGUUCCUGUGGGGUAGUCUCUGCAGUUUUGUGCUCGUCUAG